AUUAACUAUUUUUAGUAAAUUAUCAAGUGAAAAUCAAAGGAGGGAGCUGUACUAAUUGAAACACCCUUGAACCCCGGCGGCAAUCCAAAUGGACUCUGAUGAAGAAAGCCGAACGCGAAUUCCGUUCAAGGAAAGGCCCGAUUGGGCCGAUGUAAAGCCCGUUCCACAAGACGACGGGCCCUGCCCGGUGGUCCCCAUAGCUUACACAGAAGACUUCUCGGAAACCAUGGACUAUUUCCGAGCAAUAUACUUAGCCAAUGAACGGUCUCCUCGUUCCCUACAGCUUACUGCUGAAGCUAUUCAACUAAACCCUGGAAAUUACACUGUAUGGCAAUUCAGGCGUGUUGUACUGGAGGCACUGGCUGUUGAUUUACAUGAAGAAUUGAAGUUUGUUGAUCGCAUUGCUGGGGAUAACUCCAAAAAUUAUCAAAUAUGGCAUCAUAGACGGUGGCUUGCUGAGAAGCUGGGAGCUGAUGCUGUGACAAAUGAGCUAGAAUUCACCAAGAAAAUAUUUUCUCAGGAUGCAAAGAAUUAUCAUGCUUGGUCCCAUCGGCAGUGGGUCCUUCAAGCACUUGGCGGAUGGGAAGAUGAGCUUGCCUACUGUCAACAACUCCUUGAAGAUGAUAUUUACAAUAAUUCUGCUUGGAAUCAGAGAUACUUUGUCGUGACACGAUCACCACUACUAGGGGGCCUAGCGGCAAUGAGGGAAUCAGAAGUGAAAUACACAGUUCAAGCCAUCAGAGCUAGUCCAGAGAAUGAAAGUCCUUGGAGGUAUCUUCGUGGUCUUUACAAGAAUGAUACACAAUCUUUGGUUGAGGAUUCUCAAGCAGCAUCAGUACUUUUGGACGUCUUAACCUCCAAAAAUAGUCAUGUGCAUGCUCUGAGCUUAUUGUUAGAUCUUCUCUGUCAUGGUUUUGAACCAAGCCAAGAAUUGAGAAGUGCAAUAGAUGUUCUCACGCCAGAGUCAUGCUCACCAGAUUUAGCAUUGACAAAGAGAAUCAGUUCCAUCUUGGAACAUGCUGAUCCAACGAGAGUAAAAUAUUGGAAUUGGCGCAAAAGCACUACUCCUGUUCAAUCAGCUCAGUGUCAGAAUACAGAUAGGUUGGCUAACUUAAGCAUGCAAUAAUGACUUGUGAGAAUAUUGCACUGAUGUUGUACGAAUAUACAGACGUGCAUUUAAGGUGAAACUAUGGUUGAUAAUAUUGUGCUUCUCAAGAGAGGUCAUUUUCGAUAACUUUCUGGUACUGGCCAGAGUUUCAGCCCUGCUAUGUUUUGUAAGUUUGGAUGCAUAGCUUAUUGAUACUUUUGGCGACUCAAAUACUCUUGGAGGAAGGCUGGUAACAUAUGUAAUUUACUGCCACGUCGAAGUAAAUCUUGAAAAUUUUUACAAAAUGAACCUGAGAAUUCUUUUGCA